AUGGCGUCCUUCGUCCCUCAGCUGGGCUUGCCCUCCCCUCCAUGCGGACUCCCCCAGCAGGAGCUACCUCUUCUGGGUCUGGAUCCCCUAAGCCUGUACAGUCCACCACCUCCACCUGAGCCCAGCCAGUCGUCAUCACCGUGGCUCCCAUCUCCGCACCUCAGCGAGGCGUUUUUCAACUACGGAAACCCAGAUUCAGGCCUCCCCUGUGGGGUUGCUGGAGAGCCCAGCCACCCCUCCUGUGGAGCUCCUCUUCAGCACUUCGGCCUUCAGAGAGCUUUUCUCCCGGCUGCGCCCUGGUUCGCCCCAGGAGGCUUGAUGGGCCUUGCCCGCCCGCCUUACUCCUACUCCGCCCUCAUCGCCAUGGCGAUUCAGAGCGCACCUGAGCAGCGGCUGACGCUGAGCCAGAUCUACCGGUACGUCACAGAGAACUUUCCCUUCUACAGCCGCAACAAGGUGGGCUGGCAGAACUCCAUCCGCCACAACUUGUCACUCAAUGACUGCUUUCAGAAAGUUCCCCGGGACGACAACAACCCUGGUAAAGGAAACUUCUGGACGCUGGACCCAAACUGUGACAAGAUGUUUGACAACGGUAACUUCUGCCGCAAGAGAAAAAGGAAGGCGCACAACAUGAGCGGCUCCAAGAAACGUUCCAGCUCCUCAUCGGAUUCCUCCUCCUCAGAAUCCAGCCCUAAAUGUCCCAGCAUGCAUUGCGGCAGCAGCUUGGAACUUCCUGCUUUCUCAGAUGACAGCUUCCUGUCUAACCUGCAAGCCUCCCUCUCUCCUCCUCCUCCCCCACAGCCUUCCAUGUACAUGCACGUACCAGACGUGUCCUCCCUGCUUCUUCCGCCUCCUCUUCCUCAGGGAUUUGUCUCCACUUAUUCGCCAGGCGCUGUGGUACCCCAGUGGGACACCUGCAGCUCUUCUUCGUCUCCUCCUCCUCCUGCUGCUACUUUCUUCCCUUCUUCACAAUCAACUCCUCCUCACUUCUCUCCUUCGUUGAUUUACACUGACCUGCACACGGCGUGUUCUCCUCUCCUGGAGCUCCAGGAGGAGCAGCAGCAAUCAGCAAGCUCCUUUCAGCAUCUCUUCUUGGGGGAGGAGCUGCCCCUCGACUCACUGGCUCUUCAGCAGAGACUCUGA